AUGAGCCAGCCGGUUGCCCGCUCGGCUAGUUGCGUAGCCAAGGAGGUUGACAUCAUAGUUGAAUUCGCAACCGAUCUGUACGCAAAACUUGACAGACAACAGACAUCUGCAGGCCUUGCUCUGGCCUCCGUGAAUCGCCAUCUCGGCAUCGUCACUGGCCUUCUCGCCCGAAAGAGAUGCUCCCGUAUACCGGAGAGCCAAGCAGAGAGCCUUGGGAGACACGGGAAGGACCUGUGGAAUCUGUGCAUUCGCGUGCAGAGGGAGGGCCAUGAGUGUCCUGACCUAUCCAGCGCGAGGCUCUUUGCAUUCUGCAUCCUCGAGCUUGGUCGGGCAGCAGCGAGGCGGGAUUCUGCAUCCGAGACAGUGUACUUGAUGAGGCUGGCCCUCGCACUGGCAAGGACAUGUCUGCAGGGUAAGGAUACGGAGUCGGCCCGGAUGGCUCUGCGGAAGGUCGCAAAUUAUUCCGAGCGUCUCAGAGGUGCAUCUUCCCUCGAUGAUGCCGGCCAGGAUACGAGAGCGAGGAUGGAAGCAGAAAACCUGGCCUUGAGGAUCAUCCUGUCGUGGAAGGAGAACCGCCUCGACGUUGCCGAGUAUAUGCUUGUCAAGGUCGAGGGCCUGAGUCGCCGGCUUGACCUGGAAUCUGUCAGCCAUCUGGCAGGUACGCUACGUGGAAUCGGCAUCCGUCACGAGGCGGAAUCGGAUCUCGAAUCGGCUUUGAAAUGGCUCCGGAGAGCACGCAGAAUCAGCAGCAGCCACGUCGGGGACCGUGGUGUUCGGCUUGCCGUACUGCAAGAUCUGAUCAGGGUCCUUCUCCUCAGUGGAACCGACGAGGAUACUUCCGAGGCCUGCAGUCUCAUGGACGAGAUCAUGCUAGAACAUGUAGUUCCUUCUGGAGAUGAAGAAACCAUUUGCAGGUCGCUUAUCAGGAGAAUCCAGUUGACCACCGCAAAAACUACAGGUCCCGUCAUGACUCUUGACGCGACGUUGGAUGCUAUGCACAGGUCGCUUGCUAAACCAUUGGGCCCCGAAGUUGCAGGUGCAGCUCACCUGCUCGCUUGGAACAAAAUCGGGGAAGCGCUCUCAUCCGAAGCCUAUGAAAUCGGUGAUGCGUGGUGCGCAACCGGGCUUCACGACAUCUUUUCCGAAUCCGAAGACUCUACCAAGGCAAUUAUUAGCCGAAAGAGGAUGCUUUGCGCUCUGAAGCUCGAUGACAUCGAGAAGGCGAUUGCCGCGUUCAGGCAGAUGCCUGAAGCGGGCCAGAAGGACCCUCUAUCGCUAUUUCUCCUGUUCAAGGCUGCCUUGAUGUCCUGGAGAGGCGACCUUGGAUGUUGGUGCAUAGAGAGUCUGGCCACUCUUUCUGAAGAGCAGCGGGUCCGAGAGAUCAUGUGCGCCUGCAUAUGUGAAGCACAGAAGGUUGGCGACAAGCUCUGUGCUCUGGAAGCCUUGAAAGCUGCAGCCUUGAGAUGGGAUUCAGCACGAUCGGCGGGAAACUGUCUGACGGCCAUCAUCCGAUGCGGCCUACGGUUGAUCGGGAUGAUGGAGAAAGAGGAGCCGGUCUCGUCUUCUUUCUCGGAGGAUAUAUGCAUCUUGUUCGAAAUAGCCUCGGAGAAGGCAAAGAAUCGUACUAAAGAUGCAUACGGGUAUGAGAUAUUUACCCUUCCUGAGCUUGAAUGGUUCCGCAAGACUGCAUACAACAUGGGUAUCACGAAGUGCACCUCAUCUUCAGGGUGGGAGCCCUCCCAUACUGUCCGCAUAUUCAACACUUGCCUCGACUUCAUAGACUGCUACCCUCCGGACACGCUCGAGGAAGAUACGGAAGGCCUGCUCUUGAUGAAGAUGCGCUGCGACUUUGUUGACGCCGUAUCGUUGGCAUCGAUUUUGCGACAGGCCGAUGACGGAGACCAGAUGAAGCUUUGUGUUGGCAAGAUGCGAGGCCAUGUUGCCUCGUUUGGCGAGGAAUUGCAGAGUGCGAAAGGCUUGACGAUAGACGCAACUGCUUUUGACGAUCUGCGUCAGAAGAUGACGGUCCUGUUGGCGGUUGACUUUGAAGGUGCAAUCUCUCAGGGAAAAUAG